AUGCCGCUAGAGAUGGAAUUCGUAAGGUUUUUAGGAAAGGGUUCGUACGGCUCCGUCGAUCUGUUCGGUUACAGAGAAAACGACGGCUCAAUGUUCUACAACGCAGUGAAGAUCUCCGACUCGAAGAGACGCGAUGCUCUCGUCAGAGAGUCUCGAAUUCUGACGGAACUAAGAGGGUGCCCUAGAAUCGUGCAAUUGCUCGAGAAGGCUCUGCUUGAAGAAAUCAAUUCCGAUGGAAACAGAGUCUACAAGAUGCAUAUGGAGUACGCGAGUGGUGGAACCCUAACCGAUUUCAUCCGCAGAAACAAAAGCCCAUUGUCGGAUUCGAUCAUCAGAGAGUUCACUCGCAUGAUCCUACAAGGACUGGUCUCGGUUCACAGUCACGGUUAUGUCCACUGCGAUCUUAAACCGAGCAACCUCCUUCUCUUUCCCCGGUACGAUGAACAAACAAUGGAUUGUUCUUACGAAUUGAAGAUUUCCGAUUUCGGACUGUCGACAAAGGCCGGAGGUGAUUCGUAUUGUUGGGAAAUUGACUAUCCGUUUGUGGGAACGCCUGUGUACAUGUCGUCGGAAUCAGUCGACGACGGCACCGUCGAGAGAAGCCUUGAUUUGUGGUCUUUAGGCUGCAUAGUGCUUGAGAUGUAUACCGGCAAAUAUCCAUGGUUAGGGGUUAGUCUUGAUGAUCUUCAGGGUAUUUUAGUCGAGGGUCUUUUAGGCGAGGACAAUGCACCAAAGAUUCCGGAGACUGUGCCGUUGGAUGCAAGGCAAUUUCUGGAGAAGUGUUUCGCAAGAAUGCCUCAGGAUAGAGGAAGCGCUUCGGAGUUGCUGUUGCAUCCCUUUCUGAUUGGAGAUGAUCCAAAGACGGCUGUUGUCCCCGCCGGUGGAGAGAGGAGGCUGAUGGGGUCGAGGAUCAGAAAACUUGAAGAUAUUCCAAAGAAUUCAUCCAAGCUGAAGACUGUUUCAGUAAGACCAUCGCAGUUCAAGAGAGUUUUGAAGAAACCUGUAAAGGUGAAGAAAACCUUCCAAGUUUUUCCCCGUACACUAGUUUGUUGA